AGCAAAGGCAGGACCGUGGCUUCCUUCGUGCAAUCUUCAAACAGGAAAUCUGAGAUUCAGAACAUCUUAUAGCUUGGCUUUUCACCAGUGGUCAUGCGGUGGGCCCGAAAUAAACUCCCUGCUUCAAAGGACAGCGUUUCAGAACUGCCUGGCACAGUAGCCAGCAGCUCGGGGCCAGGGCAGAAAGAAAACUCAGGCAGCAUGUUCUGAAUUCAGACACUAUCGAGAAGAUCCUUUCUAUUGCCUCUGAACUGUACUUUUGCUUCUGAGCCUAAACAGGGUCUUCUGAUUUGCUGCUCCCUCCUCCUGCUGAAAGUCUCUUCCGGAGGCCGGGGUGAGGGGUGACAGAGAUGGCGAUGCAGAUCAGUUCUCGCGGCAGACAGCGUGCCAUCGGGAAUGAAGAAUACAGCCUGUACAGCAGCUUGAGUGAGGAGGAGCUGAUCCAGAUGGCCAUUGAGCAGAGCCUGGUGGACAAGACGAGGGGCUCGACUACCACAGGCUCAACCCCUUCUGAGGCCAGUGGGUCAGUGCGGGCCAACCGCCAGCCGGCCCAUUUCUACCCCUGGACCAGGUCCACAGCGCCUGCCGAGAGCCCGCCGGCCCGGCCCCCCGUGGGUUUGUUCCAGGGGGUCAUGCAGAAAUACAACAGCAGCCUGUUUAAGACCGCGCCCAUGGACCCCGUGCUAAAGGCCAUUAAGGAAGGCAAUGAAGAGGCCUUGAAGGCUAUGAUCAAGGAUGGGAAGAAUCUGGGACAGCCCAACAAGGAGGGCUGGCUGCCGCUCCACGAGGCUGCCUACUACGGCCAGCUGGGCUGCCUGAAGGUCUUGCAGCAAGCUUACCCAGGGACCAUCGACCAGCGCACCCUGCAGGAGGAGACAGCUCUAUACCUGGCGACAUGCAGGGAGAACUUGGACUGCCUCCUCUCGCUGCUCCAGGCUGGGGCAGAGCCUGACAUCUCCAACAAGUCCCGGGAGACACCACUCUACAAAGCCUGCGAGCGCAAGAAUGCAGAGGCAGUGAGGCUUCUGGUGCAGCACCAUGCAGACACCAACCACCGCUGCAAUAGAGGCUGGACAGCGCUGCACGAGUCCGUCUCACGCAAUGAUGUGGAGGCCAUGGAGAUCCUGGUGAGCGGCGGGGCCAAGGUGGAGUCCAAGAAUGCCUAUGGCAUCACGCCCUUGUUUGUGGCCGCUCAGAGUGGGCAGCUGGAGGCCCUCAGGUUCCUGGCGAAGCAUGGCGCUGACAUCAACACGCAGGCCAGCGACAGCGCAUCUGCCCUCUAUGAGGCCUGCAAGAACGACCAUGAGGAGGCGGUGGCAUUCCUGCUGUCCCAGGGCGCAGAUGCCAACAAGGCCAACAAGGACGGCUUGUUGCCACUGCACAUCGCCUCCAAGAAGGGCAACUACAGGAUCGUGCAGAUGCUGCUGCCGGUGACGAGCCGCACGCGCGUGCGCCGGAGCGGCAUCAGCCCGCUGCACCUGGCUGCAGAGCGCAACCACGACGGGGUGCUGGAGGAGCUGCUGGGCGCGCGCUUCGACGUGAACGCGCCCCUGGCUCCGGAGCGCUCGCGCCUCUACGAGGACCGCCGCAGCUCAGCGCUCUACUUCGCCGUGAUCAACAACAACGUGUACGCCACCGAGCUGCUGCUGCGGGCCGGCGCCGACCCCAACCGCGACCUCAUCAACCCGCUGCUCGUGGCCAUCCGCCACGGCUGCCUGCGCACCAUGCAGCUGCUGCUGGACCACGGCGCCAACAUCGACGCCUACAUCGCCACGCACCCCACCACCUUCCCAGCCACCAUCAUGUUCUCCAUGAAGUGCCUGUCGCUGCUCAAGUUCCUCCUGGACCUCGGCUGCGACGGCGAGCGCUGCUUCUCCUGCCUGUACGGCAACGGCCCGCACCCGCCCGCCCCGCAGCGCUCCAGCAGGUUCAGCGAGGCCUACACCGUGGACAAGGCGCCUGGCGUGGUCCAGUUCUGCGAGAUCCUGUCAGCCCCUGAGGUGAGCCGCUGGGCAGGGCCCAUCAUUGACGUGCUUCUGGACUACGUGGGCAAUGUACAGCUCUGCUCAAGGCUGAAGGAGCACAUCGACAGCUUCGAGGACUGGGCAGUGAUCAAAGAGAAAGCAGAACUUCCAAGACCUCUGGCUCACCUUUGCCGGCUGAGGAUUCGAAAAGCCAUUGGGAAAUAUCGUCUAAAACUCUUGGACACACUGCCACUCCCAGGCAGGCUGAUUAGGUACCUGAAAUAUGAGAACACCCAGUAGCAGGUGACGGGAGGAAGGAGUGGCCCCUCCGCUCUUUCCACGGCAGGAUGGCAGCAUUCCCGUCCCAGGGCACUGGGGACAGGCCACCUCCCCGCAGCUGGGCCAGCGGCUGAGAUCGUGCUGGGUCUGCACUCUGCUGAGCAUGGAGAGCACAAUGUGUCCAGUAGGAGAAGAAUCGUGUGUUUUCGAACCGUUGAGUUGAUCCCAGACUGAAUGGCAGACACCUCUGUCCAGGGUGGAACUCGAGGAUCUGGAAAAGGGACAUGGAGGGUCCUCAGCCUCCGCCUGAGUUGUGGCUGGAGCCCUUCUAGGAACGAGUUUGCCUUUCCAGGAGGACCUCGCUUCAGAGCAUUCCCUGCACCUGUCCCCUACUCUGUGAAACUCUCCACUUGACCUCAGCCAGGGAGGGCCCCUUGUGCUGGGGGCUCCCCUGUGUACAAUAAAUGUUGCACACGUGA